GACGCCGAAAGGAAGAGGACCAAUUUUUCUGCGUCGUUUUUGCCCCUUCGGAUACCAAUUGAGGAGAAGACCUCCGGUUCGGAUUUUUAACUUUUGCUUGUCAUUGCGCCCUGCAGAUACCUCUUUAUUUUUGAGACGGGAAAAAAAAUAGAACGUCAAUUUUACACAUCCAUUUUCCCUGCGCAAAGAAUCCCCGAUAUCCGUCACACCCGCGCGCAGCACCAUAGCUGCAGGACAAAGAGGUGUCCCGUUGUAACGGUUCGUGCUCCACACUUGCGUAGGUGUGGACUGGAUAGGAUCGCGAGGGGGAGGAACACAUCUCCGGCAGUCCGCCCUGAGAGAGGGAUUCCAGACGUUGCCGGCGACAGGCAUCACACAGACAGACAUAUGGGGAUGCUUUCUAGCGAGGCGCAAACUCCCGACUUCCGACAGAACCACAAUAGGAUGGCCGGCCAUGCCUCGCCAUCGGUCGUAGUUGGUACUUCAACUGAUCCGGUCGAGAUCACGACCGUACAGAAGAUGCUCUCGGCCACAUCGGGUAGCUUGAUCACUGGUUUGUUAGUAACACCUCUCGAUGUAGUGCGAGUACGAUGGCAAGCUCAAGGCCUUUCUAAGCCGCCACCACAACCCCUAACCGCCGACUUUUCCAAGCUCUCACUCUCGAGCCCCACGCCCUUUCGACCAUCCAGCCUAGGCGUGACAGCCUGCUGCCGCGAAGUCUUCUUCGCAAACAAUAACUCCGAAAUCUGCGUCGUCGGUCCUCGGGUUCACGGAGCCGGUGCCACAGUAAUCGACUGCGCCGUCGAGCACACCCAGCAACGAACCUUUAACUCCACCUUUGACGGUCUCCGCAAGAUCGCUCGCAAUGAAGGUAUCACCACCUUAUGGCGCGGUCUCUCCCCGACCCUCGUUAUGGCCGUCCCUGCCAAUAUCAUCUAUCUAACCGGCUACGACUGGCUCCGUCUUAACCCCGCCUCCCCAAUACAGCGCACCAGCGUCCGCGAUGACAUGGCCCCCUUGGUAGCAGGAAUUACAGCACGCAUGGUUGCGGCCGCCGUCGUUUCCCCCAUCGAGCUGUUUCGCACUCGGAUGCAAGCCGCGCAAGGCGGUAGUUCCUCUGAGCACCUUGCCGAAACCCUCCGCGGAGUCAAGGAUAUGGUCAACACCCACGGGUACCGCUCUCUCUGGCGCGGGUUGACACUCACGCUGUGGCGGGAUGUCCCCUUCUCGGGUAUGUACUGGUGGGGAUACGAAACCAUUCGCGGGAAACUCACCGAUGCCCGUGAGCGCGGGAGGUCGACAACUCUGGAAAUGGACCUCGAUCGUGACGCGCAGAGAAGCUCCAAGGCUCGCGCAAGGAGAAGAAGCCAAAGCAGGGAGAACCACGCGGAUACUUUCACGGAUAGUUUUGUUGCCGGCGCCGCCUCGGGUGCGUUUGCAUCAGUGGCGACGAUGCCUUUUGAUGUAGGCAAGACAAGAACACAAGUAUUCAGGGACUCGGGGACAUUAGCCAAGUCGGCGGUGGGCAAUGCGGUAGUGGCACCAGAAGAACAAUCGAUGGGGAGACUGCUGUGGCACAUCUUCCGGACGGAGGGGAUGGGAGGGUUGUUUAAGGGUUGUGUACCGCGCACGCUGAAGGUGGCGCCGGCAUGUGCGGUCAUGAUCAGCAGUUAUGAGGUGGGUAAGAGGGUGUUUAGGGGGGUGAAUGAGAGAAGGAUGUUGAAGGACGUUGGCGGUGGGGAGGAACCAGGUGCUGCUGCUUGAACCACCCGCUUGAGCGGCUCCGACUACUCAUCCAUUACUUCUUCUUUGUAAUAUGAGCUGGGUGUGUGAACUCUCCACUUUUUUUCCCUGUUUCUAUUAGCAUCACUAUUUUUCUUGUUGGUUUCAUGGGGUUUCUUCAAGGAUACUGGAAUGAUGGUUAGGUCGGCCGGAAGGAAGGGGGGGUUAAAUAAGCAUGUUUGGCGUUUUUUUUUUGCAUUUUUAGAAAGAAUCGAAGAUAUAUGGUGGGUUAGAUUGAGGGGGAGAGUACACUAGGGAGGGGGAAGGGUGAGUAAAAUGAGAAGUACCCCAAGGAUGUUGCUCUAUGACAUGCUGGGUGGGUAGAGACAGCGAGAUAAUGUAUAUCAUUUGUAACAAUAUAAAAGUGUGCAUAUAUUAUCAUUUUCUGGCUUCA